CGCCCGCCGCACCUUCCGCCCCUCGCUGCACUCACCCCCUCAGAAGGCUCCCGCACCCCCCUCUCCCUGCUCUCGCGAGUAGACGAACUCUCGCCUCAUGACUGGCUCCUGUUUAGCGACGAGUCCGCCCUGGAGAGGGACUCCGACUCCUACCCGACCAAGGAACCAAAGUGUGACCGGAAGAUCGUCAGCAGCGAGAACCUCCCGAAGGAGGGGGAGGUGGAGGCCCCGGAGCUCAUGAACCCCGAGAAACACGGACGCCAGUGCACCUACACCUUCGUGGCGGCCCCCGGCGAGAGGGUUCAGCUGCAGUUCCGGAAGUUCUACCUGCGCGGAACGCCCCCAGAGUGCAACCACGAGUACCUGGACGUGUACACAGAGAUCAAGAACCCCAACCGGGUGGACCUGGUCAAUUCUCCGUUCGGCGGUCGAUACUGCGGCCACAUCCCGCCGCGCCUCCGCAUCUCCCUCUACAGCAGCAUCAUCAUCAGCUUCUACACGGACUUUACCAACACUUCCUCGGACCUUUUCCUCGCCAGUUACAAGUUCUUCAACGGAUCCAAGUACGUGGUGGGCGACCCUUCCCCGGACACGCUCUGCGGCUUCGUCAUCCACUCGGGCCUCCAGAAGCAGGGCCAGUUCAUGACGCCCACGUACCCCGGAGUCUACCCGAAGAACAUCACCUGCUUCUACAAGUUCAUCGGGAAGCAGGGCCAGAGAGUGCGGCUUGAAUUCAGGGACUUCGACCUUUUCUACGGCGGUUCACAUUGUCCGUUCGACCAGAUAAAGAUGUUCGACGGCCCCGACCACAUCUCGCCGCUCAUCGGAACCUACUGCGGCCAGCAGCGGAACCUGGUCAUCUUCAGCAGCGGCAGCACCUUGCUCCUCACCUUCAGUACUCUGCAGCGCAUUGCGGACACCCAGAACAGAGGCUUUAUGGGGAUUUUUAAUUUCUCGGAAAGCUACGUUAAACUAGACUUCAUCAAGACCGUCGAGGCCGAGCACAUCCGGGGCACGGAAUGCGACCAGCGCAUUCUCAGCAAGAAGGAGUCCAACGGCACCGUGUACAGCCCGAAUUACCCGUUCCCGUAUCACCCGAACAUCGUCUGCCGCUACUUCAUCUACGGCCUCCAGGACGCCCAGAAUUUGGAGCGAGUUCGACUGCAGUUCUACGACGUCUUUGAAAUACCUGCGAAACCUAAGAUAGAUAAAAACUGUUCAGACGGAUACUUACGGAUCUACCUGAAGGGGCAGGAGCAGGAGAACGCGUACGACAAGCCGGACUACGAGCUGUGCGGGAAGACCUUGCCCCAGACCAUCGUCUCGUACGGCCCCAGGCUCGUCAUGGUCUUCAGCUCGGGCAACGUCCACGGCGGGAGGUUCAAGGCCAGCUACAAGUUUGAAACCGAAUACAAGAUCCCGGGGACGCCAUCCCCCCCUGGGAAGUGUGCCUUCACCUACAACAGCUCCAGCAAGAAGUCCGGCUCCUUCAACUCCCCGCGCCACCCCUCCAACUACCCGUCCAACACCACCUGCGAGUACACGUUCAGGCCCAACCCGGACGAGCAGGUCCAGGUGGCCUUCGAGCAGUUCGCCGUUCGGAGCGACAACUCCAACGUCACGUACAGAAAUCAUUGCCAAGAAGAUUGGGUGGAAAUCUAUAAUGUAUAUAAGCCUCACGGUUCAGACUCUGAGAGAGAGCGAUUGAAUGGACGUUACUGCAAGAUCUUGGCUCCUGGGCCCAUUGAAAGCGAACCAGAAGCCAUAGGUCUGCGAGUUGUGCUCAGAACAAAUGAUGUUAAUGUCUCCAGUGGAUUUAAAGCAACGUAUGAAUUCAAAAAGAAGGAAGUGGUUGAGGAUUGUGGUGGAAACAUCACAAAUCAGGAAUAUGGGAUCAUUCAUUCCCCACACUGGCCAGACAAGUAUGCUGGCCCAGACCGUGAGGCUGGUGCAUUUUCUUGCAACUGGUUCAUCCAUGUUCGACCGUACCAUAAAGUUCUCCUAUGGCUUCAGUCAUUCUCUGUAGAAGGACAUCCAACAGAAAGAGGAUGUCCAGCAGCUAUAGUUCGAGUCUGGCCUGACUUAGAUAAUAUACCAAUUGAGCUAUGUGGUGAAAACUUAAGCGAUGAUGAAACUCUAAUAAUCUCCAAAUCCUCUGUAAUGAGGAUUUCAUUUUUGACUGCAAAUAGAGCGGUGGGAUCUAAGGGCUUUGAAGGGAUUUGGACAGAAAUUCAGGAUAGCCCGAAAUGUGAACAGUUCCUGUGUUCCACAAACAACUUCUGCAUAUCCAAGAAUCUUCGAUGUAAUAAUGUACCAAACUGCGGAGCAGGAGAUUCUUCUGAUGAGGACAAUUGUGUUAAAGCUACAGAAGUGAACGUGUUGAUGCUGGUCGGUGUUGGUCUGGGUAUUUCUUCAGUCCUCCUGAUUGUGGUCUGCAUCUGGUGUCACCGGAAGCGUGUCAGGCGGCGGGAAGAUGGUGGUGCAUGUCUGCAACGGAGCACGAUUUGCCUCAGUGGACAGUGUAGGCCACAGGUCUUGGUUCUGGAGACCUUUAAACACAAGUGGCUUUGCCUUAUUGCUAAAUUCAUUCAAACUGACACCUGGGUCUUCAGAUACUCAGACAGGAUAGAAACAUUAUUGGCACGUGAAAGUCUGUGGCAUUAA